AUGAUAUCAAGCCUUGGUUUGAAAACAGCAUAUGAAACAUUGGAUAAUGUACGUGACUUAUGUAUGAAGUUAAUGGCGAUUGCUCUUAUGCCAAUGGAUGACAUCGAAGAUGCAUUCUUGGAAGUAUCAAAAGAAAUAACACAAGUACAAUUUACUGAUACACGUGUUUCGAAUUUAAUCCACGAUUUGAUGAAUUAUUAUGAUAAAGAAUGGAUUUCUAUCAUAGGAAAAGAAAUGUAUUGCGUUCACAAUCUCGAUUGGCGCACAAACAAUAUAUGCGAAGGAAUGAACAGUCGUAUUAGUCAUAAAUUGACACAAGCUCAUCCAAACAUAUGGAAAGUCAUGGAACUUUUAAUAUGUGAAGAAUUUCAUACAUAUCAAAUAAUAAAUCAAGUUACAACUGGUAGGAAACGGCCAUCACGAGCCACAAAAGAACAGAAACGUUAUCAACAACAGUUAAAUUGUCUCUAUAAUUUAUAUGAAAAGCACGCCAUUAAUUUAUUUGAUAUGUUGAAAUGA